AUGGCCGAUGUUCGUUGGUUGGAUCUUCCUAUGGACAUAUUAAGAUGUGUGUUGGGACGUUUGAGUUUUGUCUAUUUCCACCGCGCUAAGAUGGUAUGUUCGAAUUGGUAUUUGUGUUCGAAACAAACCUCGCCUCGAUUAAGCGGAUCUCCAUUGCUUAUUAUGUUUCUAGAGAGUGGUGAUUGUCGUCUAUACCACCCGGAGGAAGCUAGGGUUUAUAAAACGAAGAGAGACUUACCAAAUAUUAAAUUCUUGGCAAACUCAGGUAACUGGUUCUUGGUUAUGGAUUCUAAAUCCAAUCUCUAUAUUAUAGAUGUACUUAGCCAGAAAAAGAUCGAUCUUCCACCUCUAGAGUCGAUCAAAGGUUGUCAAUAUAAUCUUAAGAGGGUCGGAGAUAAAACAUUCAAGGAGGUAGGAACCCAUCGCUGUGUUAUCCAGAAAGCGAGAAAUCUGAGAGGUCUUCUGUGGGUAGACAAUAAGAAGGAAGAGUUCGUUGUUGUAUGGUACUUCCAUAAGAAUAUAGUCCGCAAGUAUAUGACUGAGUAUUUAGCCUUUUGCAAGAAUGGGGAAGAUCAUUACCAUGAGAUUCCAGCACGCUUUGCCUUACGAGAUGUGUCUGAUAUGGUACUACUACCUCGUGGUGACAGUAUUUACGUCUUAACGACUAGUAAUCACAUUCGAAAACUCACAUUUGAUUCGUCUGGACAAGACGGUUUCAAGAAUAUUUUAUCACCAUUUUGUUUACCAGGUCCUCCGAUUGAAUUAAAUCAUCAUGAUGAUGAGUGUCGCUAUAACAUUGCUGUUAGACCAUCAGGAGAAAUUUUGGUUGUCAUGAGCAUCUUUUCCGAGUCUUCAAGGCCUUGGAUGUUUCUUCUUUACAAGAAGAACCGUUAUCUAUUCCCGGGUAAUAGUUUGUACAACAUGCUUGUUGAGGUAGAUUCUUUAGGUGACGAGGCUCUGCUUCUGGAUUUGGGUAUCACCGUGCCUGCUAAUCCUGACCUUGGUAUCCAACCAAACUCUAUCUAUUUCUCUCGCACUCGCCAUGCUUGUUUCUCUUUCCAGAAACGUUCAUGCCUUGACUUAUGUGUGUUCAACAUCGCAACAAAGACCCUCAAACGUUUCCCGGGUUUCUUCAACUUAAAGCUCAAGGAUGCUCGAUGGUUCCUUCCGUCUUGA